GUGUGGGUUCGAUUGCCGCUCCUGUCGGGGAAAACUUUUCGACAAAAGAAUGAUUCUCCUCUAGGCCAUUGGGUUUUAUAUGUGUUGUUCGUUGUCGAAUGUUAGUAAUGUUCAGUCUGUAGAGGGCAAGGUCAAAGACGGUGGAAUUGUUUUUUUUAAAUUUACGAUGCCUGUAUAGUGCGAAGUUACCCCGUUUUAUGGUAAACCAAAUAGUUUUCAGUUAAUUUUUAGGCCAGUUAAAUCCAUUGCAGAGUUACAGCCGUAAUUCUGUGUCCCGAUUAUUGCGCAUUCAGGCUUUGCAACUUUACAACUUUACAACAAUUGAAAAUUUAACCCUAUAACAGCAUUUUGAACCAUAUGCUCGUGCAUACCACAUGUAGAGUCAAGCUAAGCGUAAUUGAAACUAUGCUGCAACAGUUUGGGUAUCCUAUAGGUUUGGUUUAUUGCACCAUUUUUCUUUUCCCAUUUCCGAGCAAUUUGUCUUAUGAAUGAAUGAUACAUUUCCAAACAUUUUGAUAAAUAAAUUGUUGUUCAAUUGACGCGUAAAUAAACUCCAGUCGCAUAAGUACGUGGUGCUCUACCUAUGAACUCCGGGAAAUGUUUUCCACACUUGGUGCUCUCACUGCGAUCGUUCAUCACCAUAUGGAUGAUAUCAAGUAUCAAGCGCUUGUACUAUUUAUUUAUUUAUCUGCUUCUUUUGAACGCAGUCUCGCGUGAUCGCGUUCACGACCGUGUAGAAAUAGAUGCUGCGCGAAAAGUUCUCCAGUUUACCUUUAGUGCAAUUCUUCUCUAUUAGUUCACUCAUAUGAUAUAAGUUUUGUGUAAAUUUGUUUUUUUAGUGGGGAUCGUUUUACAUCGUUUUUAUCUAUUUCGGUGUUUUGUAAUAAAAGUUAUGCAAAAAGGAAUGAAAAUCGACACGCCAUUUGAGGUAACAUCAUACGAGAAUGAUUUUCAUGGAGCUCCUCAGCAUCCUGCUUCAGCAGUAGACGAAAGUUACAGUAUGUUCCACGAAUGCGUAGUGAAUGGUGUACACCAGCACGCAAAAGCGUUUAAACUAGGAGAAACCGACAGAAAAGGCAAGCGUUCCUGGUCUCGCGCGGUUUUUAGCAAUCUACAGAAAAAAGGACUUGAAAGAACGUUUCAGAAACAAAAGUACAUAACCAACCCAGACAGAAAACGCUUAGCUGCCAAUCUAGGAUUGCAUGAUUCUCAGGUUAAAGUGUGGUUUCAAAAUCGACGAAUGAAGUGGCGGAAAACUAUCAAACCAAGCAGCAAGCAGUCGUCCUUAGAAGUUCAUAAUGAAACGAGAUCACAAAGUUGCGAAGAGUCCUCUAACGAGGUAGACACUGAUGACGAAGUCAUAAUCGACUAGUGCACAAAUAAUAAUUCCACAUUGCAGUUUGUAUUUUAGUUUUUGUGUUAUUAUAAGAACAUUGACAGCACGA